AUUCCUUCAGUAUCGUGGGACGACGUUGGCGGCUUUGAGGAAACAAAAAGGCUCAUCAUCGAGAGCAUUGAGGCAAAUCUUCAAGGCUCUCGACUACAGAGGUCGGGCAUUAUGUUGUUCGGACCGCCUGGAUGUGGAAAAACGCUCAUCGCCAAGGGUCUGCUCUCUCGUUAUUCCGAGAAUAUAGCAAUUACACCUGUGGCAACGGAAUUCAAAAUCGCCUUUUUGAGCGUCAAAGGACCUGAGCUCCUAAACAUGUACGUUGGUCAAAGUGAAGAGAACGUGCGUAAAGGGAAGUCUUAUUUUUGUCAGUUUUCUUUCAAGGACUUCCUUUUUGAAAGAGCACGACAAGCUUCGCCAUGUGUAGUAUUUUUCGACGAGAUCGACUCACUCGCUCCCAAUAGAGGUCGCAACGGAGACGCGGGCGGAGUGAUGGAC